AUGCAGAUUCUGCACUUUGACAUCAAGCUGCACAACAUCCUUCUUGACAUCGAUUUCAUCCCAAAGGUUGCCGACUUCGGCCUUGCCAAGCUAUACCCAAGGGACAACAACUUUGUGCCGUUGAGCGCCCUGCGGGGAACCAUCGGGUACAUAGCUCCUGAGAUGAUAUCCCGCAGCUUCGGCGUCAUAUCGAACAAGUCUGACGUUUACAGCUUCGGGAUGCUGAUGCUGGAGAUGGCAGGAGGGCGGAGGAACGCUGACCCGGACGCAGCAGCGAACUCAAGCCGGGCAUUCUACCCAUCCUGGGUGUAUGAACGGCUUAGCAAACAGGAUCUGGGCGAGAUAUCUGUUGAGAUGCACGAGUUGGAGAGGAAACUGUGCCUUGUUGGGCUAUGUUGCAUCCAGGUUCAGUGUCACGAUCGGCCAGCGAUGAGCGAAGUCAUAGAGAUGCUCGAAGGCAGCGUGGAUGGCCUGCAGUUGCCCUCAAGGCCUUUCUUCUGUGACGAUGGGCACACCCCUGUAGUGGGGUCCUACCAUUUCUGCUCUGAGCUGAAUGGCGUUUCAGAAGAGGAUGACUGA